CUGAGACACGGGUGACACGCGACGAGUUAAGCAGAUAUUUCCGGCACGACGACCGAGGUAUUCUUACCUAUAUCUAUACUUGCGGAAAGGCAUAAUUUAGCACAACUAAUGAAACAUUGAACACACAGUAAUUAAAUAAUGGGUAACCCACCAGAUCACGCUGAAACUCCUCUUACUGGUGGAUAUCUGUUGAUUGUAUUAGCCGAACCCAGGAGUGCUGAACACAAAUUAGCUAUAUUGAAAAAACUCACAAAAGGACUUUCAUGUUGGAAUUAUGAAGACAGUGGUGUUGAAAUAGUUACUGAACUCAAUGCUAUUGUUAAUCAAAAUAUCGAAGGCGAAGAAGGAAAAAAUGGUGAACAACUUUUUCAAUAUGUAAGUGAUAAUUUAGUGGCAGAAAUUCUUAUCAAUCCUCAACAUAGUACAUUAGUACAAUGCGUAAGAAACUUAUUAGCAAGUUUUACUAAGUAUAGAUGCAUUAUUCAUGCGGGAUAUUCGUAUACAGAAAAUGGAUCUUGGAUUCUUCAGGAUGGUUCGUUUUCUGUAACUGACUUCUUUGAUGCAUAUAAAACGGCUGAAGCUCAGCGCACAAUUAGACUCCAUGAAAAUCAUAUUCGUAUCGACCUCCACUGUUCUGCAGAUGCUGAAUGGAAUCAAGUUAGUCGAGUUAAGGGCACGCGCUUUUUGUUAAAUCCACCAGAAAAAAUAGUUGACAAUGAGUCAAUAGAAUUAACCGUAAGAUGGCUAUGUGAUAAAAUUGAAGUGGUCGAACUUGAUAUACUACUUGAAGGGUCACAAGUUGUUGGAAAUAUCAGGUUUAGUAGACCUACGCUUUACGUGUUUCCUGCGGGUCAAGGUGAUUCCGCUUUAUUUGGCAUCAAUGGAUUCAACAUGUUAAUCGAUGGAGGAGCGGGAAGAAAUUCUUGUUUUUGGGGUUUCGCAAGGCAUUUAGAUCGGUUAGAUGCAGUAUUACUAACAAGACUCAACAAUAGUAAUUUAGAGGGAGUUGCAUCAUUCCUCAAACGAAAAACCAUGUCCUCAUUGUAUCCACAAAUAGGUCAUUUUUUCUGUAACUUCAAGACAAGAAAACAAAUAUCAUCUUCUAACAUAGAUGCUAAACAAGACGUUCUUUCAAUUAGCUUAAUAGAUACAGCACAAAGUAUAAUAACUGAUCUUAAACAAUUGCAACUUCGUCCGCAUUUAUGUUAUCGAAAUAUAAAUUUAGAACCAAUCAAUUUAUAUCAUAAAGUUGGUCAUGGAAAACUAGAUAUGUAUGUAUUAAAUCCUUCUAAAGAUAGUAAAGAAGUAAAAGAAUUUUUGACAAAAUGGAAUGAAGGUGAUCAAAAAUUAUUUAAUCCUACUAAAGAUUUACAAUUUCCAUUGCCAAACAUAAUAUCUAUUUGUACACUGCUGGUAUGGCAACCAGCAAAUCCAAACACUACAAUCACUAGAAUUUUGUUUCCAGGAAGUAAUCCUCAAAAUAAGAUAUUUGAAUCUUUAGAAAGAGUCAGGCAUCUUGAAUUUUUAAGGCAUCCUUCGUGUUCUAUUAAAUCAAUGAGUUCAUCUACAUCAGUAACAGUCAAAUCUCAAACAACUAAGAAGACAGUUCUUGAAAAAAUGAUUCCAGGUGAAACUAAAACCGUUAAGAGUAUGGAAAAUUUAGAAGAUUCUACAACAGCCUCAAAUGCUGUUAUUCAAACAGCUAUUAUACCAACAGUACCCAAAGAAGGAACUUUAAAACCAAAGUUUUCUGCGGAAACAGAAAAAUCAAAACAAAUUGUAAAGACAGUUACAAAAGAAACAGCAAUCGCUAAAGCAAAAAUUGAACAUAAAUAUAGUUCAAUUAGCGCAAAAGUAAAUUCCAAUAAGGUUAUCCAAAAAAGUACAACUACUAAAAAAACUUUAAAAUUAUCAUCUAAAUCUCCCCCUACUGAUAAAUCAUCACCUUCGACCCCAAUUGAAAACCAAGAAAAAGCGCCUAAACCAAUCAAACAAAUUAUUAAACCAAAAUCAACAACUACAAACACUAAAUCUCCUUCGAGCACUCCUACUAAAAGUAAAAAAGAGGAAGCAAAUCGAAAAGUUUUGGUUUCUUCAAGAACGAAUUCUGGUCUAAAGCGAACUCAAAUAACUAAAAAAGAAACAAAGCCAGCCAAUCCAAUAAAUACUGAAACUAGAGGAAUUUCUUUAAAAAAAAACACAAAUAUAGUUUAUAAAUCAAGUUUGAUCAGUUGUGAUAAAGAUAAAAGUGGUGAAGAAGAAGAUAUCUUAAUUGUGGAAAAAGUAGCGAUUACACCAGAAAAACUGUUAACUCCCGAUGGAAAAAAAAUCAUUGCAAAUGAACUGGAUGGGAUUUUAACCACAGCCAAAGAUAUAGUAAAUAAAGAAAAAUGUGUAGAAAAGUUGUCAGAUUCUGGAGCCACUACAGCGCCCACUAUGCCAGAAGAUGAAAAAAUGACUGAAUCAAGAAAAGAAAGUAAAACGAACGAAUCAGACAAAAAGAUCGAAGAAUUUAAAAAAGCUAAAGAUUCAUUAAAAACACCAGAUGAAGUGGCUGAUUUACCAUUUCAUGAAGAAGCGGACAUACAUAAACCAAAAGUUUCAGAAAAAGAGUUUGAAACAGAAGCUAAAACACAAGAAAUAGUACACGUAGAAAACGCCGAAUAUGUAUUGGUAUCAUUAGAUUCCUCUCCAGAAGCAUUAAAACGACAAGUAUUAGAUACUGUAGAUUUGAUGGAUACAGAACUUGACGAAGAUUCUGAUAAAGAAGAUGAAUACAAUAAUGAAAUUAUGAUGAAAAUAAAACAAAGUACUAUGCAAUCUGAUGUCGAUGAAAAAACAAAAUUAAUAGAACAUUUACAUGAGUCAUCUAAAGACUUAUGCGAAAUCACGGAGAAAAUUGAUGAGUUAAAAAAACAAAAUGAACAUGAAGUCACCAAUAGCCAAAUUCAUGAUCAUUUACAAACUUCAUAUCAUGAUAAUUCAAAAACAUCAAAUGUAGGUACAGAAUCACAUAAACAAAUAAAACCAAUACAAAUUCAAGAAGAUGAAAAAACUAAAUUAAAAGAAAAAAAAUAUACCCAUGAACAAAACUUGAACACUGAUGAUAAUAAAUGUUAUACAGAUGUGCAGAAAAGUGAGCAAAUAGAAGCUGAUAAUGCAGAAAAGAAUGAAACUGAAAUAAAACAAAAUGAUAAUCCUGAAAAAAAUCUGGCUAGUUUUAUUUGUGACAAUCAAGAAAAAUCACCAGAACCUAAUAUAGAUACUACCAAAAUUGUAUCGAAUUCAAUUCUUCAAGAACAAGGUGAAAUAAAUAUUGAAAUUGACAAACAAAAUUCAAAAUCAUCUCCUAAAGCAGGUUCAGUUUGUGACGAGCCACUAAAAUCUCCGGUUCAUGAUUCCAUUACAACAGAGUCCAAAACAAUAAGUAGAUCUAGUUCUAUUACUGAAGUGCAAGAAAAUACCUGCAAACACACAUCGAUGGCUAGGAAUCAAAGGCUUCUAGUAGAGGCAUCUGGUUCUAUUACAGAAGAGCAAGAAAAAAAUACAGCAACACUCACCGAUAAACUAGAAUCUAAGGCUUCUAGUAGAGCUGGUUCAGUUUGUGACGAGCCACUAAAAUCUCCGAUUCAUGAUUCCAUUACGACAACUUCAAGUUCAGUUUGUGAUGAUCAAAUAAAAUCUCUAAUUCAUGAAGUUACCACGACAGCUUCCAAAGUUAUAAUUAGAUCCGGUUCAAUUGCGCUAGAACAAGAAAGUACUAAAGAAACACUUAAUGAUAAAGAAAAUGUCAAAGCAGUUGGUUCAGUUGGUGACGAUCUUUUAAAAUCGCCCAAUUCUAACAUUGACACUGAAGAACUUAAAACAAAAACUUUAUUUAAUACUGUAUCUGAGAAUUUGGAGUUUACUUCUGCGGUUAAAGCGGAUUGUAAUUGUGAUAUGAAUAGUACUAAGUAUCUGUCUCCGAAUAAUGAAUCUUAUGAAAUAGAAAAUACAACUAUGACUCAAGCUAAGGUUGAUUUUCACGGUGGGGAGAUAGGAAGUUCUGCUGUUAAAGACAAUUUUGGAUCUAAAGUAUUAAAAAAUGAGGAUUCUAUUUAUGAAGAACCAAUAAAAAUAGACGGUUCGGAAAAAAAUACUAAUGAAGAAGUCAUUUCUUGUAGAACCAAUUUAAAAGAAUUACGUGAUUCUGUACCUAGUGAAAAUAAUUGUUCUACUGCAGAUAAUGUUUUAUCUGACAUAUUUUUUAAUGAAGAUAACUCAGUUUCUACUUCAUUAAUAAGUAAAAAUAUUACUACUCCUCAAGAUACGGAAAGUUUUCAAUUAUCCGACAAACAUGAUGUUGAGAUAUGUAGAAGAAAAGAUUCUUUUUGUCAGGAUAAGAAUGAAUCCUCAACAGUUUCAUCAUGUAGUACUAGUUCAAUUUGUCAAGAAUUAAAUACUCAAUCUUCAAAACUUUCUAGUAGGAAAAGUUCUGUUAUUGAUGAAUCAUUUGAUAAACCUUUAAAAUUACAAAUCGGAGAAAAGAGUUCUAGUCUUCAAGAAUCCAAUAUUCAUGAACACAAUAUUGAUGAUAAUACUAAAAUAUUUAACAAAUCAGGAUCCUUGUGUGAUGAAAUGUUAAAUCUGUCGUUUAAAAAUAUAACAGAAAAUGUUUUUUCAAAUAAAGUAAAUGAACAAGCUGUUUCUUCAACAUCUAUGACUGUAAAUACCGAAUCUAAAAUAGACAAUCAAGUGGGAUCUGUGUGUGAAGGACCAGACAAGUCUCAAAAUGAUGAAAUCUGUAAAAAAGAAAACUUUAUGAUAUGUACAACAAGCUCAAUAUUCCAAAAAACUGAAGAAGAAAAAUGUCAAUCUCCAAGAAUGAGUACUGUAUGUAAUGAAACACAAGAUUUACAAAAUGAUAAUAAAAUCAUUAUUUUGCCACCUUCUGAAAGCAAUAAAAAUAAGUCUGAUGUUAUUGAAAGAAAAGUGGAAGAAUCAAAAUCUUUAGGUAGAAUAGGUUCUUUAUGUGAAGAGAUUGCUAAAUUUUUAACUGAUGACGAUAAAAAAAUAUCCACUAAUAUUAUUUCUGAAUCCUCGUGUAGUUUAAUUGAAUCUAUUCCUUUGAAAAGUAAUAUUGAAGAAUUAAAAGUUAAAACUGAAUCGCCAUUACAGCAUGAUAAAAAUACUGAUGUUUUAAACAAUGUUACAAAUUCUUUACAAAUCGACGAUAAAGUUAAAGUUAAUGAAAAACAUGAUAACAUAAAUGACAUAAAUACAGAUCAUAGUCUUCCUGUUAAAAAUAUCACUUUUUCUAAUGUUAAGUCUCCAGAUAUUUCAACAUUACUGAUUGAAGAAAAUAAUAAGACUGGUAUUAUGAAUGUUGCUCAAAUGGUAGGAAAAAAUAUCAGUGACGAAUCUUUUAUCAAACAUACCGCUAUUACUGAUAAUGAAUCCGAAAAUUUAAAAAGUGUCGCUCCAAUUUCUAGUAUUACAUCCGAAGAAUGUAUUAGUAAAAUAUCAAACGUUUUAAUUGAAGAUAUAGUGAAAGGUUCUGAUGAGAAAAAUAUCAUUAAUAAUUCAUCAACAACAGAAAUUUGUGCGAAUCAACCACUAGGAGUUAUUCUGAAUAGCGAAGAUUUAGGUGUUACUAAGGACAUAGUAAUGCAAUUGAAAAGGGAUGUACACGAAGCAUUGCAUCAAUGUAGUAGUGAUGAUGAGCGACCAUUUACUCCACACAGCGAGUCUAGCAUGUCUAGAUCAGCAAUGAAUAUUGAUGAUGACGAUGAUGAUAACGAAGACAAUAAAAUUGAAACUGAUGAUGAUAUGGCUGGAUCUCCUAUGUCAACUGGGCCAUCACCAAUACAAAUGCAACUCGAUAAUCGGCAAAUGGAAAUUAAUAUGGAUUUUAAUAAAGCUAUUCAGGAACAUAAGAUUACUAGAGGAGAAGAUUUGACAUCUACUGAAGCAAAUGGUAAUCAUGUUACAGAAAUUAAAACAACUGAACAUGAUAAUAUUAAUCAAAACCAAGGCACUUCGUCCGAUACGGUUCAGAGUUGGGGUAAACCAUUAGGUCUACCACCAGUACAAAAUAUUAAUAAUAACGGUUUUGAUCCAAUUCGUGAGUGGGGAAAACCAUUAGGUCUUCCGUCUCCAACACAGCCGACUCUUGAACUAGGAGAAUCUCAAAAUAUGAGUAGUAAGAAUACACCUAAGAAGAACUUGAAAAAGAUUGUAGACAACAAACCAGUAACGAAUGUUAUGGACAAAGACGCGCAAAAUCGAAUUCGACGAUCGGAGUCGCCAAGCAAACUCAGAAGUCGAUCAUCAAGUCGGAUGACGAGAGUUAAUCCUGUUUACCUGGAUCUUAUUUAUGUGCCACAUCAUGGAAAUUCAAAAUAUGUAUCUGCUGAUUUCUUUAAGCGUGUACGAGCAAGAAAUUACGUUUUUAGCGGUACCGACCCUAGUAAAGAAGUCUUAAAUGCCUUAAUCGAGGGCAAACAGGCUUGGGAAGAUCAAGAUUUAGAAGUCACCAUAAUACCAACUUAUGAUACUGAUACAUUGGGUCAAUGGGUGGCAGAAAAUGAGGAAUUGCUGACAAAGUUGAAGAUUGAUUUAAGUCCUAGCGCCAGCCGAUGCACGAUCAAAUUACAAGAUCACAAUACCAGCUGCUCCGCAUAUAGACUAGAAUUUUAAUUAAAUGACUAUAGAUAUAUACUAAUGCGAAUAAUUAAAUAGCCUUCGUCCAUCAUAUUAUUAGAAAUAUAUUGUUAAGUGUGAUAACUGAUAAAACUGUCUGUCCAUUUUUACUUCUUAAUGAAAUGUAUGGCUGCUUUAUAUUAAAUUAUUAGUGUAAACAAGUACAACAAGUAUAUUCGCUUCCGUUAUGAAUUUUUUUUUGGCAGAGCGUGUGAAUUAACAGUGCACACUAAAUUACAAGACUGGACAAUCCAUCCUGGGUAGUUCUACUUUUUUCAUUCUGUUUCAUACGAAACAAUUUUAAUACAUUUUAGUUAUUUUAUAUUCAUUCACAUUUUUUUAGUACUAACAUCGGGCGCUUCUAUUUCAUUUUAGCAAUUUAAUUAUUGUUCAAUAAUUACUUAUUUUAUUCUUCUUAAAAUAUUUACAAAAAUAUACACAAUGCAUAU